AUGAACCAAGUAUACUCAUCUAGAGGUGAAAUAGGCCCCGAAGUAACGGCCGCAGCGACUUUUGUUUCCAGGCUAUUGAGAACAAGAGGCUUCCUGAGCGAACACCAACUCCAUGAUUUCAGAGAUUGUCUCCAACAGUCAUUAUCAGGUAAUUUGGUUAGACAUUUCCUAUCAAAAUAAAAUAAAAAUAGCUUUGCGAGGUACUAAAGUUCAUGUCGAAAUGGAUGCCUAUACAAACUGUUUGCUAGUUGACUAACGGUAACCUAGCUAACAUUAGCUAGCCUUUGUCUAUUCAACUGAACAUUGUUCGCUUUCUAGCUUAUUUUUAUCGACGUUUGAUUUGAUACUUUAUUUCAGCCAAAUUAUCUACCUAUUUUGGUGAAGUACAACGCGAACGUGUUGCUUAAAUGUAGUUUUUUUGAUACUGUUUUGUCGAAUGGCUUCACUGUCUUUGCAAGGCAGCAAAUUCUCGUUAGCCUAGGUAAGCUUGUCUCGAGACGAAACCAGUAACGUUAGUAACUAGGCCCAAUGAAUGGAUCGACCAACUGUCUAUUCUCGAGCAUAACUAUUUGGGUAUGCAAGCGUUGACGGCAAAAGUUGGUAGGUAGUAAUAUCCCAUAUCAGUAAUUCACGCUCAUUCAAAAAAGCUUGACUUGUCUAUUGCUGGAAUCAGCUGUUAAGUUUUAUUCUGUCUGGGGCUUUGUUUUCAAAGCAAUACGUUGACUGUUCUAAUUUCGUGCACCUGUCUGAUGAACAUGUGUUCUCUUCACAGAACACUACCAGAACCACUGGUUCCCCGACAGACCACAGAAGGGCUCCGGCUACCGCUGCAUCAGAAUGAAUCAUGAAAUGGACCCAAUCAUUGGCAGGGCCGCUGGUCGGAUUGGACUUACUAGUGAUCAGCUCUUUGCCCUCCUUCCCCGGGAGCUGACACUCUGGGUGGACCCUUAUGAGGUCUCUUACCGCAUCGGGGAGGAUGGCUCCAUCUGUGUCCUUUAUGAGGCAGAGUCCCUAGCGCCCGCAGCAGCUCCUAGCCCUGACCCCACACACAACUGCAAGAAUCAAUUUCUGAUUGGUGGCCGCACUAGCCCACCGACUAACUACCUGAUGACUGUCUCGAGCUAG